UUCUGCAUCUUAUAUAAGCGCAAGUCAGCUGUCUGCUGUCCACACUGGUGAGACGCAGAAGUCCAACAUGUUUUCCAAUCAAGUGGCCUUGGUGAGGAUGCUCGUGCAGCUCUGCAUCAACAAUGUGAACUCUAUGCUUGCGGAAAUGAUGAAGUGGGUGUUUUGCCUGUGGAUGGGAGCGAAGAGCGCAAUGGUGAACACGCAGCACGAGCGCCCCAAACUCGACAGCGCAGGGCGAGCUGGAGGAACCACACCGAGCAGCGUCAACUACCAUUUUACCCGCCAGUGCAACUACAAAUGCGGCUUCUGCUUUCACACGUCGAAGACGUCCUUCGUCUUGCCUUUAGAGGAAGCCAAAAAAGGGCUAAAACUCCUGAAAGAAGCAGGAAUGGAGAAAAUCAACUUCUCCGGUGGAGAACCGUUUUUGCACCAGAAGGGUGUAUUUCUAGGCGAAAUGGUGCAAUACUGCAAACAAGAGCUUAAGUUGCCGAGUGUCAGCAUUGUCAGCAAUGGAAGUAUGAUCAAAGAGAGCUGGUUCAAGAAAUAUGGAGAGUACCUGGACAUUCUAGCAGUAUCUUGCGACAGCUUCGAUGAAGAAACCAACCAACUAAUCGGCCGCGCCCAGGGGAAAAAAAGCCACAUUAACAAUCUGUACAAAGUGCAGAACUGGUGCAGAGAGUACAGAGUGGCUUUCAAAAUCAACUCAGUCAUCAACACUUUCAACGUUCAUGAGGAUAUGACUGAGCACAUCACUGGCCUUAAUCCUGUGCGCUGGAAGGUGUUUCAGUGUCUCCUGAUUAAGGGUGAGAACACAGGUGAGAAUAGCCUUCGAGAAGCAGAGAAAUUUGUCAUCACCGAUCAGGAGUUUGAGGAGUUCCUGGACCGCCACAAAAACAUUCCUUGUCUGGUUCCGGAGUCAAAUCAAAAGAUGAAAGACUCCUACUUGAUUUUAGAUGAAUAUAUGCGUUUCCUGGAUUGUCGUGCAGGGAGGAAAGACCCAUCAAAGUCCAUUCUGGAUGUCGGAGUGGAUGAAGCCAUAAAGUUUAGUGGAUUUGAUGAGAAAAUGUUUCUUAAAAGAGGGGGCAAAUAUGUGUGGAGCAAAGCAGAUAUGAAGCUUGAGUGGUAAUAAUGCACCAUGGUAAUGACGAUGGCUGCGAUAGCGCAAAGACUGAUUAUGUUUCUAAUUUUGUUUUAAUGUUAAAGACAUCAAAAGGAAGAAUGUUUUUCUGUUUUUAUUUUAUUUAUUUUAUUUUAUAUUUAUGUUUUAAAGUUUAUUUCAAUUAAACGUAUUUACCUUUCUCUGUAUUUUAAUAUUAACAUUAAUUUAAAGAAUGUACUUAAAUUUUAUUAUGUUUAAAUCUACUCAUAUCUACUAGUAGUAUUACAGGUAGUAGCUUUACAGCAUUAAUGCACCUUUACUUUGCCAUUUGUACUAUUUUGUGCACUUUGAACAAAUUAAAUGUAGUGUCUGUGUGUCUUUUAAAUAAAGAUCUAUAUUUGUAACAAAAA